AUGUCUACGGACAAAGAUGACUUCGAUAUUUCGGCGAAAGAGGCUGUCACAUUAUACCAUAUAAUUUUAUUACAGAUGCAGACAAUUAAGAUGAGAUCGCUAUUAUGGAUGGUUUUAAUCGUACCGGUUUUGUCAAAUAAAUCGACAAAGAAAUUAAAAUUUGGGUGUUUGGAAGGAAUAUUUACCGGAUUUUAUUAUUUAGAAGAUUUAAAUUUAUCUUUUAACCAUUUAAUGGAUUUAAAUUCAAUGACUUUCAGGGGAGCUGAAAAUUUGCGAAGCUUAGAUCUGGGAUACAAUCAUAUCGUAGUUAUAAAUUCUUCCUUAUUAAGACUUGUUGAGUUGCAGCAAUUGUCACUGAGGAAUAACUUUAUUGAUCAUAUUCCAUACGACGAAUUUGAUAGCCUAAGAUUGCAUUUAGAUACGUUAACAAAUAACUUGACUUUUGGGUUUGAGAAAAAAUGUCGGCUGAGAGAAUUAGUUGUGUCUCAUGCAAGAUUAGAAAAUCCAAAUAAACUGAACAUCGGCAAAUUAAAACAAUUAAGUAAUCUUGUACUUAGUUACAAUGAGAUAAGAUAUAUCAAUAAAGAUUUUCUAUCGAAUGUCUACCGCAUACAAGAGAUUGAUUUAAGUUACAAUAGAAUAGAAUAUAUUCAACCUGGUGCAUUAAAAAAUAAGGUCCAUUUGAAAACAUUGAAUUUAUCCCAUAAUUUCCUUACUGGUUUUAAAUAUGGAGCAUUCCGAGGCCUUAUUAGGUUAAACGUUUUAGAUUUGUCUUACAAUCGAAUUGUUCGCUACCAGAAGGAAAUAUUGGAGGAAGCGGAGCAUUUAAACGUCUUAAUACUGGAUAAUAAUGGGAUACUUCAUAUCAAUUAUAGUGAAUUUUCAGAAACAUCAUUAUCAAAACUAAGCAUAGGUAACAAUUUUAUACCGUGUAAAGAAAUAUCUUUAUUACUUUUAGUUGAUUAUGUUGACGUAGUUGGUCAAAAUGUAGAUGAUUAUGAGGAAAAUGUAAAUGGAAUAACUUGUGGAAAUAAGUAG